UAAGAACGUCCGUUGCAGGAAGCACUUAUCAAAUAAAGUUAGUGAUGUUCAAUGAACGAUCAUCAUCUCGGAGAACUUCAGUAUGAUUUAGUCUCGUAGAAUGGCAAACAUACUGAAGUUGAUGAUUGUGGUGUGUGGUUUUUGGGGACCGGAUGUAGCAUUCGCAGGAUUUACCACCAGAAAACUGGGGCCACAACCCAUAUGGAAUUCCACUGUCACUGAUAAGUUAAGACAAGACCUCCUGCUUAAUUAUGAUAAAUUUGCAAGGCCAGCACAACACUACAACACAACUAAAGUCGUCUUUGGUUUAACAAUAAGACACAUCGAACUUAAUGAAUUUAAAUCGACACUUGUGGUCCAUUCGUGGAUACGUUUGAGUUGGAAAGACGAGAAGCUAAGAUGGAAUUCGACAAAUUACGGCGGACUUACAACACUCAAUUUAGCCGAUCAUGAAAUUUGGCAACCUGAUAUAUUUUUAUACAAUAGUGCAACAAGUUCUGGAAUUACUCAUUAUGGUAAUGUUAAUUGUAUUGUUUACGAAGAUGGGGAUGUUUUGUGGGUUCCACCGGCACAGUUUAGUGUUUUAUGCAAUUUAAAUUUGAAAUAUUGGCCUUUUGAUACACAACAGUGUGAAAUGAUUUUUGGAUCGUGGACGUAUAAUGGGGAUCAAAUAGACAUUGACCUUCCAAAUAACGAAGGAGUAAAGCUGGAACUUUUGAUUGAAAAUUCGGAAUGGAAUAUAGUUGACACGUCCUUAAAAAAGAAUUUAAAAUAUUACCCUUGUUGUCCAAGUCCUUAUCCGGAUAUUACAGUCGAUCUUUCUCUCAGUCGAAUUUCGCCCUCCUAUAAAGCCCUUAUUGUUACACCAGCUUUCGUUGUGAUAAUUUUAGUAUUAGUAAAUUUUUGGCUGCCACCACAAGCAGGCGAAAAACUUAUUCUGAAUGGUUGUACGGCUUUGAUUAUUUGUUUAUUUAUGUUGUAUUUCACACAGAAGAUUCCCACUAUGGGUACACACACACCCUUAAUUGUAUUAUUUUACAGUAGUUGUUUAUACGUAGUCGGAUUUUCAAUAAUCACUUCGGUAAUAGUAAUUUGGUUAUCGAGAACUAAACACAGUUCACCACUACCCUGGAUUAUUAAACAACCGUUAACUGGAACAUUUGGAAAAAUGCUAGGGCUGCAAACUUAUAUUCAACAGUCGUCAAUGACGUCUCACAGAGUCACAGCUGAAGAAAUGCGCGACCACCAAGUAACCGAUUUUGACGAAAAUAAUAGUGGAGACGAACACCACAUAAUAAAAUCAUCAAAUAAAAUGUCCAUACAGCAAGAUUGGAUUUUGUUAGCAGCGGCAAUAGACCGGAUAACUUUCUGCUUUUUUUGUUUCGUAUUCAUCAUUUUAACUAUAGUUUACUCGGUGUAAAAUUGUGAUUUUGAACAAUAAAAUCUUGUAGUAACUGUUUUGGAUAAUUCAGGAAAUAAAAGCGCUUCAUGUUG